CGAGUCAAAAAUCUAUUUUGAACUAAAAUUUGGGGAUGGAUAGAGCUUUCAUCCUUUAUUCUGUUUUGUUCUUGUCUCUUCACUAUGCUACUACAUCUGCAUUAUCAAACAAUUCUGAUCACUCUGCGCUUCUUGAGUUUAAGUCGCAUAUUUCAUUUAGCUCUGAAAAUGUUUUCCUUGAGAAGAACUGGUCUGCAUCGUCCUCCGUCUGCAGCUGGAUGGGAAUCACUUGCAAUCCACGCCACAAUAGAGUUGCAGCCUUAAACAUUUCUGGCUUGGGCCUAGAUGGUGUCAUCCCUCCGCACAUAGGAAAUCUCUCUUUCCUCAUUUCCCUCGAUCUUAGUGACAACAGUUUCCAUGGUAAUCUGCCCAAAGAGCUAGCUCAGUUGCGCAGAUUGAGGCUACUUGAUUUAAGGCAGAAUAAUUUCACUGGGCCGAUUCCAACAACUUUUGGUUCCUUGGCCAAACUCCAUUUCUUGUACCUAUCUUACAACCAACUUUCAGGUGGGAUUCCAUCCUCACUUUCCAAUAUAUCCAGAUUAGAGAAGCUAGAUUUGCGGAUGAAUUUCCUACAGGGGAGCAUUCCAGAAGAAUUAGGUGAUCUUCGUUACUUGACAUCGUUAGUCCUGGAAAUUAACCAGCUUACAGGUCCAAUACCAGCUAGUAUCUUCAAUAUGAGGUCGCUGGAAUUCAUUGCUUUUACAAACAAUAAACUGUCUGGUAGUCUUCCGACAGAUAUCUGCUCCAACCUUCCUAAGCUCAAAGGGCUUUAUCUUUCCAUUGGUGAGCUAGUUGGCCGAAUUCCUCCAAGUAUAGGGAAAUGUUCACAGCUUCAAGUUUUGUCCUUGACGGCUAAUAGACUUAGUGGAACCAUACCAAGAGAAAUUGGGAACUUAACUCAGCUUCAACAGUUGUUUCUUGGUGGUCCUGGAUUCGAAGGUUCAAUACCAAAUGAGAUUGGUAAUCUUCAGAGAUUGGCAGUGUUUGGAUUAGAUUCGGGCAGAUUAAGUGGCUCUAUUCCUGCAAGCAUUUUUAACAUUUCAACACUCCGAAUCUUUACAUGUGUGGAGAAUCUUCUAAGUGGUAACCUUCCCUCAACAAUGGGCAAAGGGAUGCCAAAUCUUGAAGAAAUCUACAUUGGAACCAAUAACCUCAGUGGAAAUAUACCUGCUUCAAUCUCAAAUGCUUCCAAGCUCACUGUUUUAGACCUUUCUCAUAACAAUUUCAAUGGUCCUAUACCCAGUUCAGUUGCAAAUUUAGUAUCCCUAAGCAUCCUGAACCUAGCAGUUAACAGUUUGGUACUUGAAUCUUCAUCUUCAUUAUCUAAAUUCCUCACUUCUUUGACAAAUAGCAGAAACCUUAAAGAACUUUCAGUUUCUGGUAAUCCUUUAGGUGGUACAAUUCCAGCUUCCGUUGCUAAUUUCUCAAACUCUCUCCAGAGUUUUUCAGCACGUAGGUGCAAUAUCAGUGGCAAGAUUCCAGAAGAAAUAGGCAACCUCAGUAGUCUUGCCCUGAUAAACCUAUCUGAAAAUGACUUGACUGGAUUCAUUCCAACAACAGUUGAUGGUUUACAGAGCCUUCAACGGUUGUAUCUGGACAGCAACAAAGUAAGUGGAUCACUCCCAAACAAUAUAUGCAACUUACCAAAACUUGGUGAAAUGGAACUGAGCAGAAAUCAAAUCUCAGGUUCCGUCCCUUCCUGCAUAGGUUACCUCACUUCUAUGCAGAAUCUGUUUCUAUCUUCCAACAAUUUCAGCUCCAAUUUACCUCCAAGCUUAUGGACCAUGAAAAAUCUUCUGAGGUUUGAGGCAUUUUCAAAUUCACUUAGUGGCCUUCUACCUCCUGAACUAGGAAAUCUAAAGGCUAUAACACUGAUUGAUUUGUCGCGUAAUAAUUUUUCAGGAAAUAUUCCAAGCUCUGUUGACGGUCUGGAAAACUUGAUUGACCUUUCCUUAUCUCAUAAUGCUCUAGAAGGGCCUAUUCCAGAUUCAUUUGGCAAAUUGAUAAGCUUGGAAGCACUAGAUUUGUCUCAUAAUAGGCUAAGUGGAGUGAUUCCCCAGUCGCUAGAGUCUCUGGUGUACCUCAAACAAUUUAACGUCUCCUUCAACCAACUAAGUGGACAAAUUCCCAACAGUGGCCCUUUCCUGAACUUCUCAGAGCAAUCCUUUAUGUCUAAUGCUGCACUAUGUGGUGAUCCUCGAUUUCAAGUGCUCCCAUGCCCCAUAACUAAUUCUCCCCACAGAAGAAAGAAAAGAUCACUUCUACUCCUUUACAUUCUUCUUGGGAUGUCAUCACUAAUUCUUGCAUCAGCUCUUGGAUUUGUAUUCAUAAGAUGGCGAAAGAAAAAGGAAGUUACAGUUCAAACUGAUCCAUCACCUGUGGUAACAUAUGAAAGGAUUUCAUAUGAGGAGCUGGAAAAUGCAACUAAUGGAUUCAGUGAAAGCAACCUGCUUGGUGUUGGGAGCUACAGCUCUGUCUAUGAAGGCAUACUCCCCGGUGGCACUCUCGUGGCAGUGAAAGUGUUUAACUCAAAAUUUACUGGAGGAUUGAAAAGUUUUGAUACAGAAUGUGAAGUACUUCGUAAUGUUCGUCACCGGAAUCUAACAAAAAUCAUCACUACUUGCUCCAACAUGGCCAUGGACUUCAGAGCCUUAGUACUGGAGCACAUGCCUAAUGGCAGCCUCGAGAAAUGGUUGUAUUCUCACAACUACUUUCUAGACAUCCUGCAGAGGCUAGAUAUAAUGGUGGAUGUGGCAUAUGCAUUGGAUUAUCUCCAUACCGGUUAUACUGCAACAGUGGUGCAUUGUGAUGUGAAACCUAGCAACGUCUUGCUUGAUGAAAAUAUGGUCGGACAUCUCUGUGAUUUUGGCAUUGCGAAAUUACUAGGUGUAGGAGGAGUUGCAGAGACAAAAACCCUGGCGACAAUUGGUUAUAUUGCACCAGAGUUUGGAUCGGAAGGAGUAGUUACCACAAAGUGUGAUGUUUAUAGCUAUGGCAUUAUGUUGAUGGAAACUUUCACCAGAAGGAGACCUACUGAUGAUAUUUUCUCUGGAGACAUGACUCUCAGGCAUUGGAUUAAGUCAUCAUUUCCAAGUGCAAUUAUGCAGAUUGCAGACUCUAAUUUGCUAAAACCAGAGGAAAAAUAUCUUGAUGCAAAGGAGGAAUGUUUGUCAUCUAUCAUGGAGCUAGCAUUGGACUGUACAGCAACAUCACUUGAUGCAAGAAUUGACAUGCAAGAUGUUCUUUCAGAACUCAAAAAAGUCAGAAUCCAGUUUCUAAGAGGCUGUGGCGGGAGUUGUUGAAUUCUAUGCAGUAAGAGACAAUUUUGACAUCCACAUAUAUUAUUUGUAUAACAGGAAUGGGGCCUCACAAGUUCCAUUUGAAACAAAUUUGCCAUGUAGCAAAUGAGUAGAAAUAGGGUGUAAAUAAGUUAUAAGUAGAAUACAGGGAAAGUAUAAAUGAAAGGUUUCA